CGCUUGGAGUCCUCUCUCUCACCCACACACAUACACACACACACUUCACCUGGCACUCACACACUCACACACACAUCCUCGUGCAGAGAGCUGAAGCUCAGCUCAGUCCCAGUCCCUGCUACUCGAGCGAGGAGCCUGCCAGUGAUCGGACUGGCGCCUGAAGCGAAGAGGCCGAGCCGGUGUUGAUUCAAUUUUACAGCCCAGUCACUCUCUCUGAAGCUCCGAUUAGUCAGCCAAGGGAGACGAGGGGGAGAGAGGAAGAAGAAGAAGAAGAAGAAGAAAAAGAAGAAAAGGAGUAGUGAUGGCUAUGACCGACAUUGCAGAGGAUGACCUGGAUGAGAUGAUGCGUGAGGAAGCGGAGGAUGUCUUCUACGAGGACGGUGUGUCAUCUCGUGUCCCGGAGAUCAUGGCGGCCGGCACCCACUCCCCCGGAGGCCCCAACGGUAUAAUACGGAGCCAGUCCUUCGCCGGCUUCAGCACACUACAGGAGCGACGCUCUCGGUGUAACUCCUUCAUGGGGAACUCGGCGGUACAGAAGAAGCCUCAGUCCAAGCCAAAGAAGCCCCACCUGUCAGGACACAAGGGAGGCAGCAGCUCCAGAGAGCCGCAGCCCAAAAGACUGGAGGAGGUUUACACUGCACUCAAACAAGGCCUGGAUGAGUAUCUUGAAGUUCAUCAAACAGAGCUGGACAAACUCAUGUCUCUGAUGAAGGACAUGAAGAGGAACUCUCGCCUGGGAGUGCUAUACGAUCUUGACAAGCAAAUCAAAACUAUUGAGAGAUACAUGAGGCGUCUGGAGUUUCACAUGAGCAAGGUGGACGAGCUGUACGAGGCCUUCUGCAUCCAGAGCCGUCUGAGGGACGGUGCCAGUCGGAUGAAGCAGGCCUUCUCCUCCUCUCCCUCUACUAAAGGCACCAAGGAGAGCAUCGCAGAGGUCAACCGCCGCUACAAGGAAUACACUGAGAACAUGAGCACGUUCGAGAGCGAGCUGGAGAACCUGCUCGGGGAAUUUCACAUCAAAAUGAAAGGUUUGGCAGGCUUUGCUAGGCUCUGUCCUGGAGACCAGUAUGAGAUCUUUAUGCGGUACGGUCGCCAGAGGUGGAAGUUGAAGGGAAGGAUUGAAGUCAACUCCAGACAGAGUUGGGAUGGAGAUGAGAUGGUCUUCAUGCCUCUCAUCACUGACCUUAUCAACAUCAAGGUGACGGAACUGAAGGGCCUGGCCACUCACAUGCUGGUGGGCAGCGUGAUCUGUGAGACCAAGGAGCUGUUUACUGCCAUGCCUCAGGUGGUGGCUGUGGACGUUAACGACCUGGGAACCAUUAAACUCAACCUGGAGGUCACGUGGUACCCCUUCGAUGUUGAGGACCUGACUCUGUCGUCUGGCAACGUGAGCAAAGCUACAGCGCUCCAGAGACGAGUGUCAGUCUACAGCCAGGGCACGCCGGAGACCCCCACCUUCCAGGACACCUCCUUCUUUUCCACUUUGCCGGAUGAUGUCUUUGAGAAUGGUGGCUGCGGCGUGGCUGAGUGCAAGCGUCUCUCCUUCACCUUCUCCGACACCUCUGGUUCCACGCCCAGUCCCAGCCCCGCCCCAAGCUCCCACUCCCACGCACAGUCCAACCCUGAGAUCACAGUCACUCCUCCAGAAACAGACCUAUCACCUGCACAAAUCCUCCCAACACGGGAGGACUCCAUAGCAGAGGAGCAUUUAGAGGAGGAAGAGGAGGAGGAGUACGAAGAGGAUGGGGAGACGGGCAGUAGAGGAAGUAGGGGCACUAGUGCCAGCCUCGCCAGCGAUGAAGCCGAGGUGGCGGAGGACUCUGAGUGGGAGCGAACAGAGUCUCAAAGAAAUUCUGGCUCCACCUGUGGUUCGGCUGCCCCGUCUCUCUGUUCUGACGGCCACCUGUCCACAGUGGCUCCAGAGGACGUUUUCUUAGACCACACUGAUGAACUGAAACCUGUGGAACUGGACACAGAGGAGGCGGGCAGCCUGACUAGGCAGCUUGUGAAGAGGCUGACUUCUUCGGAAAUUAUGCCGCCAAGUGGGAUCUCCACGGAGGGAGGAGGAAGCCUGAGUUGGGCUGGAGAGGGAAGCAGGGCUUUCCUGGAGAGCAGCCUUGAAGAGGCCAUCCACAGCCUGCUGAUGAGGCUGGAGUCUCUCACUCACCGCUGCCGAGAGCUGCAGGACCUGGAGCAGGAAGUGAUGCGUCUGGAGGAUCUGCUCAAGUGUCGACUCCCGGGUCACAGGAGUCGAUCGUCCAGCCUCAGUCUGACAGUGGAAAGUGCCCUGGAGAGCUUUGACUUCCUCAACACCUCUGACUUCGAUGACGAAGACACUGGAGAUGACAACGCUGUCCUCAAUAUCCAACAGAGGUCUCCACUUUUUGAUACAGAUGGGGAAAGGAUCGGGGGCCAGCAUCCAGAAGCCAGAGGACACCUGAGCGAAGCCCUGACAGAGGACACCGGGGUGGGCAACAGCGUGGCAGGAAGCCCCCUGCCUCUUACCACUGGAAAUGAGAACCUGGACGUGGCUAUCGUCAUCCACCUGCAGUACUGUAAUCAUCUUAUACAGAUGUUGACCAGUGGGGUGGGUGUGUGGCAGCGUCGCAGUCUUCUCCUUAAACUGUCCGGACAGACUCAGCUGUUAGAGGAGCUAGCAGAGAUCAGUGUGGACAGACUUGGAGCAAAUACCUCUGCUGCUGAUGUUCUGCCGGGCCUUGCUGAGCGCCCACAGCUGAUGACUCUGUGGUCAGAGUGCAGCGGAUCUGCAGGACUUUUCCACACCACACUGGACAGAGUGUUCAAACACAUGAACCAGCGCUACACAGCAGUGCUGCAGGAGAGAAACCCACAAGACGCCAACACAGUGAUCAGUGUUGUUGUGGGUGAGUUGGUGGACAGGGACGAUCUGGUGGCGGCACACAAUCCUCCUGCCGCUGCACUCUCCCAGGACGUCCUCACUGUGUUUCAGUUCCACAGCUACAUCUUACAACAUGAAGUACAGGACAUGGAGACACACCUGCUGCAUCUGGCCAGAGAGGAUGUGUUUGCAGAGGCUCUGUGCAGCGGGGAUUAUUCUCGCUGUCUAGCAGAGCUGGAGCAGGUGCCUGUGUCGUCCCUUUGGCCUAGAAACAGCACCCUGAGGGCCCUGGCCUCUCUGCUAACUGCAGAGGACCCUCAGGUCAACAAGGCAGCAGCAGACUACCUCUCUUCAGGAGCGUCACGCAGCCACUUCAGGACCAGGGCUGUGGAGUGCUACACCCAGGCGCUGUCAGAGGCUGGAGGUCAGAGCCAGAGGGCGGCCUGUUCAGCUCUCAGCUGUCUGCAGGCAGUAGAGAGUAUCAGGGCGGUCGUAGCACUGUGUGAUUCAGCUGAUGAAGAGCUUCGCCACGUUGCCAUAGAAACCCUGCUCACAUUUGGUGAGGAGGGGCGGCUGGCGUACGAACAGCUGGACACGGUGCCGGGGGAAAUUUUCCGUCUAGGGACGAGGCGAGGAAACGCCGUCACCACUGCCUUCUGAGCCACCGUGCCAGUGAAAACAUCACAAAUGACAUCUCAGCCCAAGCUCCAAGGACAACACUGCCCCUCAGCUUAACCCCCCACCCACUGCACACCUCACAGGGCUGUUAGUGACUGAUCACUUUAUUGAUCUGCUUUUUGGCGCAGACUUCUCCACACCGCCACAUUAAACCACUGUUUUUACUGAUACUGCCUCCUAAAAGGAACUAAUAUCAAACAAACUGUCUUAACCACAACGACACACAACCUAUACCCCUCCUGCACGCACACACACUUACACUCCUUGUUCCUCCAUCAUCUCCACUUUCACACACACCCUCCCCACCCUCCACCCUCCCUUCCUCUCCCUGCUUUCUGAGCCAUGCAGACCGGUCACGUUGACUUUAACUGGAGAAUAGGAUUGGACACAGCCGCUGAAAGGUGCUCCAAAAGACUGGGGAAACUAGAAUUUCGAGCAAUGCAUCUUCAUAUAACCUCUAUCAAGAAGCUAUUCACUGCACACAACACUUGUAUCACUUACUCACUGAUUAAUUAUCAUCUUGAUUGUUACAGUCAGUUGUGUUGCGCAAUAUACUAACUAUGAUCUUUGUAUAAUCACUGUUUAUCACAUGUUUUAGUUGGUGGUUUUGCAUUAGGAAAUGUUUUCUGGCGCUUUCAGAAGAUUUGCACUCCUUGUAAGGCAUGUAAAUAUGGCAUAUGUUACACAGCCAGUGUAAUAUAUGUGCUUGUAUUUAAAAUAUAUUUUUAAGUUCCGUUUUUCUAGUACGUUCCAUUUUGAGUUUCAGGGAUUCUUGUAUGGUUGAAAGACGUGCGUUUUGUGGCAGGGAGGACCAUUAAUGAGUUGAGAAUGGCUUUUAGGAGGAAGUUGUGUGGUUUGAAAGCUCUAGUUUAACAGCAGUUUACAGUCAGAACAGAUUUUGACCUCAGCUAUCUAUCAGAGGAGGAACAGGAAAAACUGAAGGGCAGAGGUGAAACAGAUCAGCACAGUGCCCAAGGUUCACUCACUCAGCAGUUUAUAUCAGAGUUUUCUCAUACUUGCAGUUGAACAAGUGCAAUUUUUCUGUACAUACGUGACUUUUUGCACCUAGCUGACGUGAGAAGACCUUUGAUAAAGUCAGCUUUGACCAUUUGAGCCUUGAUAUGGUCGAGCAGGCAGGUUCCACAGAUACACUCUUUUGUAAAUGUAUUUUUCCUACCAGGUACGGAGCCAUUCGAGGGCAAUAAAUAUGGUAUAGGAUCAUAUACUUUCUCAAUAAAUGUAUAGAGAGGAGCUGAGUAAAGGUGUAGCCUCAGUUUGGGCUAACUGCACAUUCAUACAUUAUGUGAGCUAAUGGCAGGAUUAGAAAUUAGGCUUUUUGUUUUUAUGAGAAGCUGCAGAAUGAAGUGUUCUGUUUGGUAUGUUUUGGGUCUCUUUUAUUUCCCUGCAACCUAACUGUAAUGUGGGGAAAACUGACCCGAGGUAGGCGCCUAAUUCCAACUUUUCUCAUUGUAACUGUACUACUGAGUCUUGUGCUAGUGCACAGUGACAAAGCUCACAUUUGUUCACACAUCUUAUUUAUUAUUUACUCCUUGUAAUUCUAAUAUUCUUUGGAGUUAUACUGUAAUAGUGCAGAUGGCAUUGUUAUGUAAAUUAAUUGUAUAUUUAUGUUCUAUUUUGGAGCAGGUCUGGUAUUUGAAUUAUUGUUUAUCAUAUAAAAAGGCCUUCAUGUUAUGUUUAUCCAUGCAAAUGAUUUCAUGCUUAACUUUAACUGGAGUUUAUUUUGAAUGAAUUAUAUUAGAUAAAUUAUUAUUUUGGAGAAUAUUAAGAUUUGCUAAUAGUCUAAUAGUAUUAUAGAUUGUGUUUCCCCAAAAAGGUCCCAAUGGGACAUUAUAUAUUAGAAAUGUUACUUUAUUACUUAGAAGAUUUACUGUAACCAAAGGAAAAAUUAAUUUUAAAACAGUUUUUUAAUAAGAGCUCAUGAUUCAUUAAAGAGAAUGUAUGUAACACAGCGUUUGCAUUUGGGCCAGAAUACUCAGACCUAUCUUUAAAAGCACAACUUAAAAAUGAGACAAACCCUUAAUAUAUGAAUCUCAUCAUUUGGUUCUAACUGCACAGUCCAAAAGCCAUAUUGAUUAAAAACCAGUAGUAAUAUUUUUAUGAAAUGUAUUUUUCCUUUUUGUAUUAUAAUCUGUAAAUGUGUGAAGUUGUUACUAAAAGCUGAAGAUGGCGUUAGGUUUUUUUUUUCUAUACAUCCUUUGCAAAACAUGGUCCAUAUUUUAAGUAACGGUUACUUUUAUUUCUUCCGAGAUGUGAAUAGCAUUACAGUAUUUUGGUAAAGUAUCUAAUCACCCACUCAUUCAGUGUUUAUUUUAUUUCCCUGAGUGAGCUACUUUCUUUUUACACACUUGCAGCUUACCAGUGUUAACUCAAGUUGAUUUGUUGGCUGUUGGAUUCCUAAUCACCACUAACAAGUUGUCAAAAUCUUGAAUUAUUUAGAGAGUGGUUUUAAGAAUAUCUUUGCUGAAGUUGAUCUUUAUCCAUUUCUGUGGUCAAGAGCUUCUGUACUGAUCCAUUUAGUUGCAUACUACUCUUCUCCAUUGUCAGUAUUUCCUCUGUUCAUCAAAAGUUGCAAUAAAGUUUAUUUUUGCAUAAUUAAA